GUAUUGUGGGUAGCUUGGAGAGGGAGUGUUUCCUGCUUCUUCUCGGUCCUGUCCCAGUAGAACCAGUACAGAACCAGUGUUCCCACUGAGCCCAGUCCGCCCAGCAGACAGAGACAGAGUCCGGGCAGGAGGCCGGAAGUUCCCCCGGGACAGACGGAAGGACAGACGGAAGAUGGCGAAGACCUACGACUAUCUGUUCAAGCUGCUGCUGAUCGGUGACAGCGGCGUCGGUAAGACCUGCCUGCUGUUCCGGUUCAGCGAGGACGCCUUCAACACCACCUUCAUCUCCACCAUCGGAAUUGACUUUAAAAUCAGGACGAUCGAACUGGACGGGAAGAAAAUCAAACUUCAGAUCUGGGACACCGCUGGUCAGGAGAGGUUCAGGACCAUCACCACAGCCUAUUACAGAGGAGCCAUGGGCAUCAUGCUGGUGUAUGACAUCACCAACGAGAAGUCUUUUGAUAACAUCAGGAACUGGAUACGCAACAUUGAGGAGCAUGCGUCUUCAGACGUGGAGAGAAUGAUUCUGGGAAACAAAUGUGACAUGAACGACAAAAGACAAGUGUCCAAGGAGAGAGGAGAGAAGCUGGCAAUUGAUUACGGGAUCAAGUUUCUGGAAACUAGCGCCAAGUCGAGCAUCAACGUGGAGGAGGCCUUUUUCACCCUUGGCAGAGACAUCAUGACCAGACUCAACAGGAAGAUGAACGACAGCAACCCAUCAGGAGGAGGCGGACCCGUCAAGAUCACAGAGUCACGCUCCAAAAAGAGCUUCUUCAGGUGCUCCCUGCUGUAGCUGCUCCUCCUGCUCGUCCUGCUCCUGCUCCUCGUCCUGCAGGAGGACACACCUGUGGAGACAUGAGGAGCGUCUUCAUCAGAACCUUCUGGAACGUUUCUGCUUUUCUCUCAGCUCACAGCUCCUCCUUCUUCUUCUUCUUCUUCUGUUCUAAACUCCGCGUCACUGCAGCAGGUGAGGACGACACCGCAGCCACCACGAUGAUGAUGAUGAUGAAGAGGAGCAGCUGGCGUGAGGCUGUGAGACGUCUCACUCUGUUUCAUGUUUUAUCGUCAUUUAAAUUCUGCAGCAGAAAAAAAAAACGAACUCAGAGUUGAACCAAAGAAGUGGCGUUUGAAGCUGCAGCUCAUCGACACAUCAACGCAUCCGUGUGUUUGUGUCAUACAUGUGUCAUUAUUAUGAGUGACAUCACAAGACACAUUUAAUGAGACACACAGGAGCUGAUCAAUCAACCAAUAAUGAGAAUCUAAAGUUACAUCAGUUUCAUGUUAACGACUCGUUUCUGUUCAUUAACGUGAUUUAAUUCAUGCGUCACAGUGUCAGCUCAGAUUAUUGAACAAAAACACAACUAAUAAUUUCAUCUUUUAAAUUCACUUUAAAUGUGUCAAUAUUCAAUAAUCAGUAAUUAAACUGAUCUGAUUCUGAGCAGAGAAUUCAUCACAUCAUAAAUUAAUAUCAGACAAACAUGUAAACAUCCUGUUUGUAUAUAAACAUCCUGUUAAAGGGAUCAAACACAUCUGAUCAUGUUAAUAAUCAUGUUCAUUGAUUGUCUCUUCAGAGACUCCGCCCCCUUCACGCCUGUACUAACACACAUCAAUGAUCUGAUCACAGGUGGACGGCUGAGACAUACUUACAGCCCCACCCACAGUUAUGACAUCACACUUCUGUUAGCGUGCUAGCUCGUCAUGUUAGCAUCGUGUUGUACAGCUGGUGACAUCAGCAGAGUCCAACACGAGGACAAAAUGAGGGACGGUCACACAACAUUUUGUCCAACUGGACAUGAAAUAAAAUGAAAUGUGGAAGUUAUCAAGCGGCAGCCGGCGUCACCAAAACAACCGCCACAUCCUGCACCGAUGACGUCGUCCUUUUCGGGGACGCGUCAUGACGGAUUAGUGGUUAAAUCACAAAGUGUCCAAUGUGUCCUUCGUCUCAGAUCACAGUGCGUCUUGGUGGUCGUUGACGCUCGUAUUCAGCCCCGUCCACGUGUGAUCGGAUCACCUGAUGUGUGUUGGUACCAGGUCUGACCUGUCGUGUCCUUUAAUCCUUCGUCCUGAUGCUGUGACAUCGGCUUGUUCAUGAUGUCAUGAUGUGAAACUGUGACAUCAUCAUGAGCGCCACUCGGCUCUGAUAUUAAUGAUGUCAUGAGUUUAUGUUUACGGUGCAGCAGAGGAUCAGGAUUAAAGCAGCUGACAGGAAGUCUGACACACCUCAAACUGCGACUGACCUUCAGACGAGUCGAAGUUUCUUCCUGAGAGACAAAAAGAAGAGUUUUGUUACUGCGACAUGUUUCUGAUGUUUCACUGAACACACAGGAAGUGAAUACGUGUUGUAACCAACGCUGUGGCUCAAACGUCAACACUCCGUUCUUCAUUUCAUUCAUUUCUCCUCAUCAGACUCUGACGCUUCUCGUCGCUCCACAUCUGAUCCGUCACAUGUUCACUUCUCUCACGACUAAAAUCUGCCCCCUUGUGACAACGUUUAAACUGAACACGACCGCUGACCCUAAGAAGAGGCGUGAUGCGUUCACUGUCUGCUGCUCGGCCGUGAGGCGUUCAGUGAUGUGUUCGCUGUCUGCUGCUCGGCCGUGAGGCGUUCAGCGAUGUGUUCGCUGUCUGCAGCUCGGCCGUGAGGCGUUCAGCGAUGUGUUCGCUGUCUGCAGCUCGGCCGUGAGGCGUUCAGCGAUGUGUUCGCUGUCUGCAGCUCGGCCGUGAGGCGUUCAGUGUCUGCUGUGUUUCUGUGCUUUAACUGAAAUAACUGCUGCUUUUCUAUAUUUUUAUAUUUGCUCUCGUUUGUUGACAUGAAACCACUCGAGGAAAAAAAACUAACAGAAUUUUAUUUUUUAACAUUUUUUAUUCAGCUUUUUGUUGAAAUUCUUAUUUUUGUAUGAAUCUGAAAAGUUUCAGGUCUUGAAGAGUUUUAUUCAGUUUAUGACUUUAAUCUUUCCUGCAGCGCGUCACCUCAACAUUCACUCAUUCAUCAGAAUUAUUACACUCAUUGUAUUAAUCAUUCAUCACUUCAUUACAUCUGGAUUUAAAUGAUUUAUUAACUCAAAGAAAAAUCAAUUAAUAAUUCUGCUUCCUCUGAAUUUAAAUAUAAAUAUUAAUUGUUGAGGAACAAACAAAGAACGAGGACGAAAUAAAGAAUAAAAAGUUUGAAUUCUUCUGAACGAAGGAAUCAGAAUUAUUGAUUAUUUUAAUCACUGUGUUUUUGUUUGUUUUUGAGUUUGUGUUUGAAAUAUUUACAUUUUUUACAGUGUUGUUUGUUUGUUGUUCAGAUGUUGAAGGAAAAAAGUUUUUGUCCAAACUGAAAUAUCUGACGUGUUAAAACUGUUUCCUGUUUACAGACUCAGUAUUAUUAUUAUUAAUAUAAUUAUUAUCACUGUUUUUAUCUCCUGUGGAUUUUUUCAGCUGCACUUUAUGUUCUGUGUUUUUGCUUCUUCUGAUAAAAAGGUGCUUUAACUUGUCGACGUGUGUCCCCCGAUCAAUACUGAACCAAUACUGAACUAAUCAGCACUGACGGCUCAGAGGUGAUGUUCGUGUCUUUUUAAUUUCAGGUUCAUUUAUUAAUAAUUCUCUGAGGAUGUUUCCUUUAUUCUUCCUCUGAUUAAUCAAUAAGUCGAUCAAUCAAUCAGCUGUUUGUGUUCAUGUUUCAUAAAUUCAUUAAAAAUCUGAAUUCAUCAACUCAUUUAAAGUGAUGAAGGAACAAUCAACUAAGCAAUCAAUCGGUGAGUCAAAUAAAACAAUGAAUGACGUCACUUAAAUAAACAAACAGGAAGUCAAAUAAAAAAUUAAAAAGUUUGGUUUUAUCAGAAACACACACACACACACACACACACACACACAUAUAUAAAUAUAAAUAUAUAUUUUGGGGAACACAAACAGCUGCCAGUGUUUAUAGGUGAACAGCUGAUCAAUAGCUGAUAAUGAUCAGUUGACUGGUUGUAGUCUUAAUCAAUAACUGAUAAUUCUGAAACUGUUUGAAUUGUGUUAAAAAUGUUUUUAUUUUUCAGCACUUUGCUCUGGCGCCUCUAUGCAAACACCCACCUGUGUUAUUGAUCUCUGUUUACCUGUUAUUGAUUUAUUAGUUUAUGUGUUAUUGAUGGUAUUAUUAUCGAUACUGUGGUGUCUGAUGAGAGAUGAUCAGAUGUAUUGAUGAUUGAACGGAACAGUUGGAGGAUCAGAAUCUUUUUUUCAAACCAACUCAUAAAAACUUUUCUUUAAUAAACAUUUUUAUAUUUGUGAGUUUGUUUGUUGACGAGCGACAGAAGUGAUGAAGAUUCAUUUGUCUUCAUCAGACUGACGAUUAUUAAAUGUAAUAAAACAGAUGAAGGCUCCGAUCACAGGAACCGGAUGUUUAUUCUGCCGUGAGGAAAUUUUAUACGAAAUGAAAUUAUAUUUCCUCCAUGAUGACACAGAAAAUAUAAAGUCUGUAAAAACUAUAGAAAGUAAGUAAAGUUUAUAGAUGUACGGUAAAUAUAAAGUCAAUAUAUAAAGUCAAUAUAUAAAGUCAAUAUAUAAAGUCUAGUUAAAGUCAAUAUAUAAAGUCUCUGACAGCAUGUGUUUAUGAGACUGUAUGAAUAUUAAUAUCGAGCAGUGACGAGUUGGUUUGAUAAAAACUUUUCUGUGGGUUUCAUCUGUUUGACGAUAGAAGAAGCUCUUAAUGUGAAAUCAUGUCUGUGACAUCACUGUGGUGACCCUUGACCUUUGACCUCUUUAAAUCUUCAGUUUUCACAUUUGUCUUCCAUUUCCUGCUCUGUGAUGUCAUCACAAAGUCAGCUGAUUGUACAAUAAACAACUUUUUUCUA